AAAGCCACGCCCCGCCCCCCGCCCCGCCCCUCACGGUGCCCGUCCCGCCAUGGCCUCCGCCGGCGGCCCCGACCCGGAGCGGCCGCACCCCAAGCCCUUCCUCAUCGGCGUCAGCGGCGGCACCGCCAGCGGAAAGUCCACAGUGUGCGAGAAGAUCAUGGAGCUGCUGGGGCAGAACGAGGUGGAGCAGCGGCAGCGGAAGGUGCUGAUCCUGAGCCAGGACAGCUUCUACAAGGUGCUGACGGCCGAGCAGCAGGCCAAGGCGCUCAAGGGGCAGUACAACUUCGACCACCCGGAUGCUUUUGAUAAUGAUUUGAUGCAUUCAACCCUGAAAAACAUUGUUGAGGGCAAAACAGUUGAGGUACCAACGUACGACUUCGUGACACAUUCUCGGCUGGCAGAGACGACGGUGGUCUACCCUGCUGACGUCGUCCUCUUUGAGGGGAUCCUGGUUUUCUACAAUCAGGACAUUCGGGACAUGUUCCACCUCCGCCUCUUUGUGGACACGGACUCGGAUGUGCGGCUGUCCCGCCGAGUUCUGCGAGAUAUGAAACGUGGGAGGGACCUCGAGCAGAUCCUCACCCAGUACACCACCUUUGUCAAGCCUGCCUUUGAGGAGUUCUGCUUACCGACAAAGAAGUAUGCAGAUGUGAUCAUCCCCCGAGGAGUUGACAACAUGGUUGCUAUAAACCUCAUAGUGCAGCACAUUCAAGACAUCCUGAAUGGAGACAUCUGCAAGUGGCAGCGAGGGGCGAUGAACGGGCACGGCCGGACCUACAAGCGCCCGUUCCCGGAGCCCACGGAGAGCAGCAGUGUCCUGGCAGCAGGAAAACGCUCCCACCUGGAGUCCAGCAGCCGUCCACACUAACCUGGGUUUGCCUCUGGUCCAGACCAACACUGAAGACAACUUUGGGAAAGGACUUCGACAGAAUGGUUGGUGAAGUGCCCUUUAAAUCGUCCUGGCAGUGGAGGGGAUCCUGAUGUGAACCUUCUCACAGAGGGGAGAGGAUGGAGUUGGCCAUCGGCCCCUCUCCCCUCCAAACCCCUCCCUUUUCUCCCUAAGAUGUCUGGAAUUAUGUUACUUGAUGAACUGGUUAAAGGCAGUGCUACUUGCCUUUUUUUAAUUUUCAAAAUGAGAUCUACUGCUGAAGACUUCCCUGAAAAUUAAGCACUAUCAGGUGAUUAGUAAGAUACCCCAUUUCCCUGAUGAUGGGCUUCCUUAGCAGGAAAAUUAUCUGCCUCUUGGGUUUUUUUUUCCUCUAUCCCUGUUAAUUUUAACAAGCAGGUGCAGCCCUUACUCUUCUCCACCUCGUUGGCACCUUAAGUUCUGGCCUUGCUGUGCUGCUGGCCAGCCUGUGGGGGCAGGGGGUUUGACUUGUAGGGGCAUCUCUGCCCUGAGAUAAGGGUGAGACAGAGGCUGUCUGGGAGAAAUGGGAACUUACAGUUCACCAGGGACAGGCCCAAGAAGUUUAUUGUCUCUUGAUUCCUAAUUUAUUCCUUUCUAAGCUCCCAAGUCUAGCUACACUGUAUGAUUAUUUUUUUUGUACCCAAACAGUCGCCUUUACCACAGUUACUGAAUGUGUGAGCUCCAGCUGGAUUGAGUUGCUCAUGGAAACAGAAACCUGACCUUGUCAGUAUUAGUGUCUUUUAGUGCAUUUCUGUACUGCUGGUUGCAAAUUCUGCUGGGCAGAAUCCGUCCACUUCCAGAGAUGGCUGGUGAGACCAGCAAGGGGGGAAGCUGGGAAUGGCAGGACCCUCCUCCUGCUGGCACAGGCAGCUGCCUGGACAUGUUGUACCCUCAGACAGGAUCAGAGCGCUUGCCUUGCACUCCAGCAGCUUAAACUCAAGAAUGUCUGGUUUUCUAAAACAAGCAGACAAGAAGUAUAAACAGUGACAUCCCAGUUUCUGUAGUUUACCCCAGAUAAGUGAUUACAGUAAAGUGUCUGGAAAAAGAAAAAAUCUGAAAUGAAGUGCUAGUUGGGCCUUUGAAAUUGUCCUUGUGAUACCAUUCUUGAGUCUGGACUUAUGGUGUAAUUUUAAGAAUAAGGGUGGGAGGGAAAUGUUAUUAAGAGGAACUUUUUCAUACUUGCUAGUUUUCUAAAAGCAGCAUCUGGCUGUGUUGGUUGUGGGUGUCUUACUUUGGCUAAUAAACAAAUGAACGAACAGUGAUCAAAAAUGACCAUUUUAUAUAAAAGGUAAUUGUGCUACUUGGACUACAUCAGCAAAAAGGUACAGAAAGGACACUGCUGGAGGAGCUCUUGCACUCAACAGAGUUGUUACCUUUAGUUCUGUCAUGGCUGAAGAUUUAGAAAAAAAAAAAAGAAGAAACUUAAGAAAUGCAGUCUGCACUUUCAUCGCUGUAGUCUUUUCAACACUGGAAAUGGGUGAAGGUUUGGUAUCUCAGUGAUCUCCUCAGCUGAGUGGUACUUCUGCAGUGCCCAGGAGAAGGCAGGUCAUUUCCUGACUGCUGCUGGGUGCUGUUUAGCUCAGGGUGACAGACUUAGACUAUGAGCUACUGCACUGAAGCAUUAGCUCUCAGGGCUGAUUACAGUAGGAGCAAAAUAGUCACUAAACCCUACUUUGAAUGACUGUGGUGUUGGAUCAUACCUUCCUCUGGAGGCCAGGGGGGAGCUCAAAGCAUUUGUUAGAGCCUUGAAUAGCGUUUGUUAGAGCUGUGAGGAGCUCCACAAAGAGCCUCUGCUCUGUGGGGCUGCUGUUCUGGGCAGCUUUGUGCUGUAUUAAAGGACCUGCUGCUGCAGCCCCAUGGAGAUAACAAAUGGGAUGUGGCCGAGGUACUGUAACCCUGGUUAAAUAACUAGAGCCAUUACAAAUUCCCCACUGGGCAAUCCUAGUCCUUCACCUCUGCCUUCCCCCUUCUCUGUGAAUUCCUCUGCUAGAACAGGCCAGGCCAUGGUUUGGGUUGCAGUGUUUUUACCCUGAACCCACAUGCACAAGUUAGAGCAGGUUUUCUUCUCAGCAGGAUCAGUCCUACCUUGCCCAGAGUUCCUCUUCCCAUGGAAUUUGAGGUGUAACCCUGCAGCCCAGUAAAUACCAUACAGCCAUGGCUGGUAACAGGCCUUAGGCUUCACAUCAAUGCCACAAGGCCAGAGGAUUCUUCUGGCUCUGGCUGACUUCCUGGCUUGCCCAAAGCCUUGUUUUAGCUUGUUUAGCUGUAACAGUAAUUUUCUAAUGUCUUUUUAUUUUUGCUUCUUAAAAAUGAUGGUUAUGCCAAAUGAUUACACAUAGAUAAUAGUAACAAGUCAUUAUUCUAUGCAGAAUGAACUAUUUAUAAAUGUGGCUUAAUGCUGUAUUUACAUAAAUAGGCAUGAUAGCAGAGCAGUGAAAGUGGGGGCAAAUAAUGCAUUGUUGAGGAAUAGAGUCAUGGGAUGGUGCUGAAGGCUGCAGGGCCAGUUACUGAUUGUUAAAGAAUGGAUAAGCUUCAGAGCGUGGAAAACCUUUUUUUUUUAGGAGUAUCAAGAGAAAAAUAUCUGAUGUGUUGGAGAGUGCCCAUUUUUUGUAACUUUUAUCAUGGAAUUGUAGACCAAGGUGCUGGGAAACACAUGAAAUAGCCCUCAGUGAAACGCAGUGCAAGAAGGAAGAAACCACCACUGUCAGAAAGAGGAAGAAGAAAUUGUUGCAGCAUGUUCUUCCCAGCAAAGGAGCCUGGGAUGCUGUUGCCUGAAGUCAGCAACCUUCAGGCCCCAAGGGGCAGUGGAAGGGUGAAUGUAACAGGGGCAGAAACUGGGAAUUGUGCUCAUAAAUGUAUUCCUGUUGAGAGCUUUUCUGUAACAGUGCUCUUUUCCUGUAAUCGUUAGAUCUGGACUACUGUCAAUUACUUGAUCCGACUGUUAAGAUUUCAGUUAUACUAACAAUAAAUCCUUGGCUUUGCACAAAA